CCGACUUCAAGAAGACGACGACGACGACGACGAUGACGCAUACGCGAGUUAACCCGUGGCGCCGCCUUUUCAUUUUUACCUUCAUGGCUCAGCUUUGUUCGUGUGUGUUAAACGUCCAGGAGGCGAAGCCGCAGCUCGCGCUUCCCAGAGUCACGUGCUCUGCUCGAAGGAUGAAGGCCGUGUUCAACGCGCUGGUGCAAAGUAACGUUCAUGUCAGAGACCGGUCCGGAGCUGCAGUCCCUGUGUCACAGUCCGAGUCCUGUGGCGUCAGACUGGGCUCAGAGAAGGACCAGAGCCUCUCGUUCUUUAGCAAGUACGACAGCUGCUAUGCUCAGACCAAGGGAAGCGAAGUGGUCGUUCCUCUGCAGGUGCAGCUGAAGGGAGAAGACAAGUGGUUGAGGGUCAACAUCAGCUGUCCUCUGAUACAGAGACACCACGAGAGGACUCUGGUUCCAACACCGUCAGCUGCAGGUUGUGACGCAGACAGAGACCUACGAGUCGCCUGUGGCCCCCAGAGCGUCCCCAGUGACGCCUGCUCCAAACUGGGCUGCUGCUACGAUUCUGGGGACUCCAGCUGCUACUACAGGCUCAACGACUGCUCUCUGGACGGACACUUCGUGUUCUCAGUGACACCCACGGACGCGGAGGCACCGUUUGACCCCAGCAGCCUCGUCAUCCGGGCUCAGCCGCAGUGUUUCCCUGUGGUCACGACCUCUGACACGGCUGUGUUCAAGGUCGGCGUCACCGACUGCGGCGCCAAGAAGGAGGUACGCGGCGGCGUGGUGGUGUAUGAGGUGGAGGUGGUGGAGCAGCAGACGCCGCGGCAGCGCCCCCCGUUCAGUCUCAGGGUCCAGUGUGAGUACGAGGCGGCUGCAGACGUGACCAAGCCACCAGCUGUAGCGGCGCUGGGAUCCAUCAAUGUGCAGAUGAAAAUAGCCACAGACGCCUCCUUCACGUCGUUCCUCCCGGAGGAGCAGCUUCCGCUGACGCUCCCCCUGCGCGAGGCCGCGUACGUGGAGGUGUCCAUCGCUCAGCCGUCGCCCGACCCAACGCUCUCCCUGCGCGUCCGCGACUGCUUCGCCUACCCGGCCUCUCGCCACUCCGUGUGGACGCUUCUCUACGACGGAUGCCCCAACCCGCUGGACAACAUGAGGAGCUCUGUGCCCGUGGACGCCCGAGGAAAGGCCACGUCCCACUCACAAGUCAGGAGGUUUGACGUCAAGACCUUCGCCUUCUUGGACCCUGACACAGGUCGUCCAAGUGUGGAGGAGAUCUACUUCUACUGCUGGGUGGAAAUCUGCACUGCUGAUGUGGACUGUGCACAAAGUUGUUCCAUCGUUUCCUCAGAGAGUGAGAGACAAAGAAGAGACGCUACAUCGACGUAUGACCAGGUCCAGUUGGUGUCGCUGGGGCCCGUCCUGCUGGAGCAGAACUCCACCCAACCAGACGACCUUCCUUGUGUGACCCAUCAGAAGUUCCAGCGGGCCGUGUACCUUCUCUCAGGCGUCGGCGCCGUCCUGCUGCUUGUUGUGCUCUUCACCGUGUGGCCGUGUAUCAAGAAGUGCCAGAAGCCGAAAACGGUGCAAGUUGACAGUGAACAAUGUGAAUAAACUGUUUCUCCUACUGUGAUGUGCAUUAAAAACACUUUUGUACUA